AUGGACUUGCAGCGGGAACUCUUGGAGCUGUACAACACCGUCUUCACAUAUCCAGCGAUUGACAACCACGCGCACGCCCUGCUCAAGGUCGAACAUCGUGACGAUAUCCCGUUCGAAGGGCUCAUCUCGGAGGCACAAGGCCCUGCCUUGACAGAAGAUGCCCCUUACACUGCUGCAUGCUAUCGCGCGACCGCGCAGCUCGCGAAGCCUCUUGGCCUAAGUGCGUCGGCAGACUGGGAGGACAUCAAGCGAACGCGUCGGGCAGCGAACUACGAGCAGCUAUGCCGCACGUUCAUGGCCCCGACAAGGAUCCAGUGUAUCCUGAUCGACGAUGGGCUCGGAGUAGUGGACAUGGUGUAUCCGUACAAGUGGCACGACCAGUUCACUGGGAGUCCCACGAAGCGAGUGGUCAGGGUCGAAGUAGUGGCUGAGGGAAUCCUCAAGGAUUUGUUCGAUACGCAGCUUGUUAUAGUCGGAUUGGAUCCCCUCGCUCUCUUCGAUUCGUUUUCCUCAAGGUUUAACGCGACACUUGCCGCGUAUGCUGCAGACCCAGAAGUUGCCGGUUUCAAGUCGGUCGUAUGCUAUAGGACUGGGCUCGACAUCGAGUCUGGCUUCAGCCGUGAAGAGGUCAAAGUGGCAUUGGUUGGAUCCGCUCUACGAUACGAGAGCUUGAAAAAAGUUCGCGUGCAAGACAAACCGCUGAAUGAUUUCAUCGUGAACACCGUCCUCCGCAUCGCAAGUGGGUGUGGUAAGCCAGUGCAAUUCCACACCGGCCUUGGAGACAACGAUAUCACCCUGUCGAAAUCGACUCCCGCUCUCAUGCAGCCAAUCAUCAAGGCAUAUCCAAACGCUAAGAUUGUCCUACUUCAUUCUAGCUACCCAUUCACCCAGGAGGCAGGGUACCUCACCGCCGUGUACCAAAAUGUAUAUCUCGACUUUGGCGAGAUUUUCCCAUUUUUGAGCGCAGAUGGCCAGCGCGACGUCGUGAAACAAGUGCUAGAGUUGUGCCCAACGAACAAGAUUAUGUGGUCGACCGACGGCCACUUCUGGCCCGAAUCAUACUACCUCGGAACACUCCAAGCAAGGGAUGCUGUAUAUCAGGUGUUGGAGGCUUCCAUGAAGCGCGGGGAAUUGAAUUUGGCGCAAGCAACGGGAAUUGCAAAACGCGCCUUCUUCGAGAAUGCAAACAGAAUAUACAAUUUAGGUCUGACCCCCAAGAUUGUAUGA